UAAAUGCAUUGGGUUAGACCUAGACCGAACUUAGGUAGGUCUCGAGAUAACCGUUUAUAGUUGAAAAUGAAAACUUUACAAUCAUGUGGGAAUGGGACAGGUCAGUGGUUUCAGAUCCAAAGUAUGCGGAGCUUAUGGAAGGGAUGCAAGUUCCUCUCCUCUCAAACUUUCUCAGCGUUUGAAAAUCUUCAAUUCCUUUCAUUCUCUUCAUCUCUUCCAAUCAAAUCAAUCUCUCCCUCCGCCGCAUCCAACUCUCUCCGCCGCUCGCCGCCGCUCUUAAUCUCUCAGGUAAUUAAAUACGCCACCACCCACAAAGCCACCCAACGAAUUCGCUCUUUCAUCAUCACUUCCGGCUUACUUCUCAACGCCACCACCAAUUUCAUCCUUCUCUGCAACACAUUACUCCAUUGCUACCCUCUCUACCAACCCCUCCGCCGCUUUCCUCACAUUCCCCCCGCCUACGAUACUUUCGCCUAUUCCUUCCUCCUCCAUUCUUGCGCCGAUUUGGAGCUCGCCGGACCUGGGCUUCAACUCCACACUCUUACUCUCAAGCUAGGCUUUCCUUCCCAUGUUUAUGUUCAAACUGCAAUUCUACGUAUGUAUGCCGCUUCUGGGUUUUUGCUUGAUGCUCUGAAGGUGUUCGACGAAAUGCCUGACCGAAGCUCUGUCACUUGGAAUGUGUUGAUUACUGGUUUGGUUAAGUUGGGUGAGCUUGGACGGGCUCGUGCUGUUUUUGAUCAGAUGCCGAUUCGGAAUGUUGUGUCUUGGACUGCUAUAAUCGAUGGAUAUACUCGUCUAAAUAGGCAUGAGGAAGCUGUGGGUUUAUUUUGGACAAUGGUGGCUCAUUAUGGUGUGGAGCCUACUGAAAUAACGCUUUUAACUAUUUUCCCUUCCAUUUCAAAUCUUGGGGGUCUUAAGAUUUGUCAAUCUGUACAUGCUUAUGCAGAGAAGAAAGGGUUUAAGGUAUCUGAUAUACGCAUUGCUAACUCAUUGAUUGAUUGUUAUGCGAAAUGUGGUUGUAUUUUUAGUGCAUCAAGGGUGUUUGAAGAAAUGUCAGCUGAAAGGAAGAAUUUGGUAUCUUGGACGUCGAUAAUCUCAGGAUUCACAAUGCAUGGAAUGGGAAAAGAAGCUAUGGAGAGUUUUGAAAUUAUGAAGAAAGAAGGCCAUGAUCCGAACCGGGUCACGUUCUUGAGCAUUUUAAGUGCUUGCAGCCAUGGAGGACUGGUUAAGGAAGGUCUAGAGUUUUUUCAAAAGAUGGUUGAUGAGUAUCAGAUUGAGCCAGAUAUAAUGCACUAUGGGAGUUUAAUAGACAUGUUGGGAAGAGCAGGGAGGCUUGAAGAAGCUGAAAAGAUAGCUUUGGAGAUACCUAUGGAGAUUACCAAUGUCGUUAUUUGGAGGACGCUUUUAGGUGCCUGUAGUUUUCAUGGUAAUGUAUCGAUUGCUGAGAGGGUAACACAGAGGCUAUUGAACAUGGAGGGAGCAUAUGGGGGUGAUUAUGUGCUCAUGUCUAACAUUUUUGCUGCAGCUGGAAAAUAUGGAGAUGCUGAGAAAUGGAGAAGAUUGAUGGAUUCUAGCAAUUUCUCCAAAAUUCCAGGAGAAAGCCUUGUCUAAAGUUAAUAAGCAUUUGUUGGAAAAAAUUUUCUUCAUGUGUACAGCUUUGGCAAGGAAUUCUGAUAUGAAUGAGGCAGAAUUGCAAUAUCGGAGCGAGGAUUAUCGAGGAAGCUACGGAUCAGUAUGAUAAUGGAUCUACUACAAGCAUGGAAUGGACCUCUUGGACGUGAGAAAUUAUUGGUUGAAGUAACCAAUUAUUGCCUAUAAAUUUUGCCUAUUUACAUGAAGAAUAAUGAUGAGGGUUUGAUUUGGGUAUUCGAGCCAAUAAAUUUUGGGAAGCUGCUCAAGCUGACUCGCUCCAUCUCAGUUGAUACCAUCCAGCACCACGAACAACUGCAAAAGAUAGACGAGUGAGAAGACUUCAAAAGAACUUGUGCAAGAGAAGAAGUGUAAUGCUUGACAAACAAUUUUUGGUGGUUCAAGAUUGCAGUCCACAAAAGGGUAGAACCACGUAAUUUAAAGGUUAACCAAGGAAUGAAGGUAACGCCUCUACUUUUGACUUCUAGACACACAUGAAGGGUUCACGUGUGGCUCUCUCAGACAUUUCUCUCAUUUAUGUGCUCGAGUUAGUAAGCUCCAAAACUUAAAAAAUAAUCUAAUAAUUCAUUGGAGGGUUUUAGAAAUACAUAGUAAACCCCUUCGUAUCAUAACUUAGGAAAAUAGAUACAAGUUGAGAGUUCAUACAACACCAUUCCAAAACUCAUAACCUCUUGAUUGAAGGUGCAUUUGUAUUUUUGGAUUAUUUUGAGUUGCAAGAGAUUUGAACAUCUACCAGGCGUCAAUCGAUAGUAUACAGGUCAUUGUCAUAGUUUGGUUCAUUGCUUUGAAUUCAUAUUUAUAACUCUGAUUUAUGGCCUGGAUAAUGAAAGUAAUCAUGUGGGUCUUAUUAUAAGUAAGAGAAUGUUAAUAGUUUACAUACUGGCUUUGGAUACAUCACUUUAUCGAUAAGUACAAUUACAUAAGGACAGUCAUAGCAGAUGAAGCUAGGAAUUGAAAUUGCAGGAUCAAACUUGGAGCUUUGGGAGUUGUCAUGGAGUUAGGCUGUGCUUUACCCUUUAAAUUCUGCUGGAGUUCAUAAACCAUGGGAGAAUAUCAACUCUAUUUCAGCAUAAUUACAUUACACAUACAGCAUUUCAUAUUCCAGCAAAGGAAAAACAUAAGUGCAGCUCGGCUGCCAUCCAAUUGGAACAUGCUCUUCCAGCAAUAUCCCAAUGCAAAAUAAGUCAGUUUGUACGUAAAAAGUAUUCAAAUACAAAGCUUGAUAGACAUAUUGACAGCAUAGGUAAAUCAACCAUCUUCUGCAACCAUGGAUUUUGAACUAGCUUCUUUAAUUCUAUCUUUGAACAGAGGCAAGAUUGAUCUGUCCAGGUCCUCCCGAUGUAUCAUUGAAGAAAUUGCUGGCAUCCCAUUUUCUCUUCGUUGUCUUUUAGAGCAUUUUUUGGGGUCUCUCUAUGUAUCAACUUCCUGCCUGGAUUUCCUCUGCUUUAAUUUAGAAGUAGUUGCUUUACUGCAUUUUUCUAAACAAAAAAAUAAGGAAAAAAUAAACUUGAAACUGGAUUUAUGGUCAGAGAAACUUCAUCCAGUUUGAUCCAAUUCACAGCUCCCCAAAAUCAAUAGUUAGAAAGGAGAGCAUCUUCGUAACAAAUUCACAUUGGUUGUGUCUGAGACAUGUUCUAAGAAACUGGAUUUAUGGUCUGAAACAAAUUCACAUUGGUUGUCUGAGACAUGUUCUAAGAACAAGUAAAUAUCCUUUUAUAGAAAACCAUUCCAAAUGGACUCAGAAAGGUAUGGCAACGGCUCCUGCUGCUAUCAAUUUUCAAUGGGAAAUAAAAAAUUAUGUUUGAAAAAGUUAUCAAUCUACACAACUCAAAACACCAAUAAAUGCAUGUGUUCUACUUCAGAAAGACCAAAAGUAAAAGAAAAAUGCUAAAAUACAAAA